AUGACUAACAAAGACCAAUUACAAAAAGAACUCCUUGCAGAAGUAAAGGAAGGAAUUAAACCCUCCGACUUAAAAAGAAAAUUAAAAAGAAGUAAGUCCGCCGAUGAUAUCACUCAGAUUCCGACUCCUCCCCCUCCUCCGAACCAUUUACUAACUGACCAACUAAAAGAAAAGCAAACCGAGAUUGAAAGUUUAAGAAAACAAAAAGAUGAUAAAGACCUAAAAAUAACCGAAUUAAAACAGCAAUUAGAUGACUCUUUAGUAGCUCGAAUUGCUGGUCUGCAUGUCUUCGGAAAGGAGCAUGAAUCAAGAACCCAAGUUGAACAAGAACUAAAUGAGACCAUUGACCAAGCCAGUAGUGAAUUAAAUCAAGGUGAUGAUGAAAUCACCCAAUUACGCACUAAAUUAUUCCAAGCCACUCAGCAAGUUAAUAGUUUACAACGUGAAUUAAACUUAACACGAAUUAAUCGGAAUAGUCCGGUAAAGGAUAGUCCGGUUUAUAACGAUAACUUUUUAACUAACCUCGAUUAUCUCCAAUAUGCCCUUUAUGCUCUAAUGCAAAGGAAAAAUAAUUUAGCCCACUUCACUGGCUCAGACUCUCCCCAAGAAAUCCAAGCAGUCAAAAAAGUCAAUCAAAUCUUUGCUGACUUCUGCAAAAAUGAAAUCGGAGGUCAAGAUAUUAAUGAAAUUCGCACUAAAUUAAAUGGUCGCACCCUCACUGAAAUCUUGGAAGAAAACGAAGACUAUGAAACCAAAACUGAUGAACUAACUCGCAAAAAAGGAGAAUUAGAAGCGGAAAUCACCAGUCUCACUACCGCUUACAAAAACCGAGUAAAUGAAAAAGAACGACUCAUCACUCGCUUACAAGAAGAAAAAAAAGAACUCCAAACUAAAGUUAAAAACAAAGCCAAAUUACUGGAUGAAGAACAAUUAGAAGCCAAGAAAUCAGAAGGAAGAAUUACCAGUCUAGAAACCCAACUCACCGAAUUAAAAACUGAAAUUCAGCAAGAUCAACAAGAGCAUCAUGACCAACUAAGACAAAUCAAUCUCUUAUUUGAUCCGAAUGCCAAAAACUAUUCUGAAAUUGACUUUACUGGAAGUUCUUGCCCGAAGGGACAGAGAGAGCAAAAUAACCCAAACCCCGAACAAAUGGAAAAAAAAGAAGUAGGGACACAAUGGGAUUUAAAAGAACGAGCCCGAGAAGGGAAAAGAUAUGUGGAAUCUGAAAUAAAAAAUCAAGUCCAGCAAACCGUUAACCCUCACCUCAACAAAGUUAAAGAAACUGCUUUAAAACCAAGAGCCUAUUACAACGACCAACCCCCUUUUUACCGAG